GCUGUGGACACAACUGGGAUGACCGAGGACUCCCAUCAGAAGAUUCUGUUGCAGCUCCUCAAGGAGAGAAUAAAUCUUCUCAAUCAGAAGAUUGAACCAAGUCUGACGCGGAUACUGAGUAUGGUGGAGAGUCUAGUAAAGCCAACAGCAAGAGCUGGAUGGCAACUCUCACAGAGGGUGUGGCCAAGAGACUGUUGUCCAUGUUCCUUAUCCAGCCAAUGCAGUCAGAAACCCAGGUGUCAGAGUACGCCCUCUCCUUGGCCCAGGAGGCGGUCAAACUCCACACAGCGGUGGUCCACUUCCUGAUGGGCAGAGACAUGGAGUCUGUAGUCAGUCAGUCUGGAAAGGAUCCGCAUGUACUGGACAAAUGGAUGGUGGUGAGUGAACUCCUGGAGUCGAUUCUUCAUCUUUGUCAUCUAUAUCGACAUGUUGGUGAUGUCAAGGAUGCCAGGGGAUACCUCAGGGAGGGUCUCAAGAUCUCCAAGCGUCUCUGUCUACCAAGAUGGACCACAGAGUUUCUACUUGAACUUGGAAGAAUCAACUCAAUAUCAAGCAAUGAGAAGGAGUGUCUACGGCUACUGAAGGAGACAGCCAUGAUACUCCGACAAAUCCCUGGUAAAGAGGAAGUCAGUGUGUUUGAUCAAAAGCAUCAAAAAGCCAGCGUCAACAAUAAAACUGCCACAGCUAAGAAACCUCGAGCAACUCGUGGCAAGAGUGCAUCCACAAACAAGAAGAAUGAUAAAGUGAAAGAUGAGGAGCUUAUUGACGAUUGUUUUGGGUUUGAGAGUGUCCGAGAUGCAGGAAUUAAGAGACCCUCGGAGAGUGAUGUCGCCUCCAUUCUAGGUCCAAUGAGCUCUCUGUCUUUGGAUGUAGAGCUGCCUGCAUCAGUGCCACACAACACAGACUGCUCCUGCUCCUUGUGUCAAGACAUCAUCGUACAGGGACUUGACCUCCUGUUCUCAGAAACUCUGGGCGAGUUCUAUCAGUAUUCAGGAUCUCUUGAAAAGGGAUGGGAUGAACUCAAGAAGGUUGAAUCCUCUAAGUCUGCUCUAGAAAGAUUGACAGCUGAUAACACAGCUAUUAUACAUGAACAGUUAAAAUCAGCAGAAUUGAUCUCAAAGUCUAACAAGAAGUCAUCGAUACAGCUCCAACCAGUGCUAUUGCCAAGUCUGAGACAGCUCAGUAUUGAAACGUACUGUCUUCUAGCUCAAACAGCUUUGAAGAAAUGCGAGUCUGAGACUGCAGACUUUCUGUCUCGGUCUGCCCUGAAGAUGAUCAACUCGGACACCAGUAAGGACCUGUUGCAGCAGAGUUUCCUCAAGGCCCAGCUACAGCUGGUGCAGAUACAGGCUCGCCUCCAGACCACGGGGGAUGUGUAUGUAGCCAACGACAAGGCACCCCCACCCAAACCAGUGCCAGCCAGGGCUCGGGCUCGCUCCACCAGACAGAAGAAAUCUUCUACUAGCAGGAGGGGCAAGUCAGAGAUUGAAGAGGAAGAUACCCCUGCUGCUGUGGACCACCAGGAUACCACUGUGAAGGACUCCCUGACCUCCGCCUUCACCAACAUCUCUCACUUCCCAUCCAGCGAUGUGUACGGAAACUUGUGUCGCAUGUUAGCCUGCCAGCAUCUCAACACAGAUGAACUGAAGACAGCAUACUACCUCAAUGAGGCAGUUUCCAUUACGUUCAGGCAUCAAGCUCUUGCAAAUACUAGUCGCAAAAUUAGGAAGGUGGAGAAGGAGCUGGCUACAUGUGAGGGGGAACUGGGGACACUAAGGGAGGACCUAGAAGACUUAUGCCGAGUCCGGAGUCUGCUUGCAUUCAACAAGGAAGUGUCACACUUCCAGCAGAUGAUGCAGCAUAUACCCCCAGACUGGACAGUGUGUCAAGUAACGCUAGCAAAGUCAACGCCUGAUACCAAUCGCCUACUGCUGACUCGACUCACCUGUCACACUGAUCCAGUAACCGUGGAACUUCCUGGCUUUGAGUCUGUCCAGGGUCGGAGUAUAUUGCCUGAGUUCAAGGCAAUAAUACAGACAAGCAGCGAGAGCAUGAGGCUGACAGACAAGAAUCAGUGGUGGCAGACUCGCAGGGACCUUAAUGACAGAGUACAGUCUGUAGUAGACUUGAUGGAAAAGUACUGGCUUGGGAAGUGGGUGUGUCUACUACAAGGUCAGCUGUCCUUGGGUCAAAGGUCAAAAGUCAAUGAAGUUCUUACACAGCUGCAGAAAGACAUCAAAAAGUCAUGCAAGACGGUAGUAGAACCACAAGUUCUAGAGCUGUUGCUCACCCUGUGUAUCAGCCUCCCUGUAGACAACCACAGCGACGUGGUCACCAAGAUUGUGAAGGUCAGCGAUGAGGCUGCCCACAAACUCACCACUGCUGUGUCCAAGUGCUGUGAAACUCUUGCCUCAGAUAUGAACUGUCCUUCCAGACAGCCGGUCCUACUCGUCCUAGAUAAGGAUGUCCAGCACCUGCCGUGGGAGAGCCUCCCCAGCCUUCGCAGCCACCCAGUCACCAGGAUCCCGUCUCUCUACCACCUCCACACACAGCUGUCGGCAGGACACAUGUCGGAGUCCCAUGCCUGUGUCCGCGGAAUUGAUAUUCAGAAUGCCUUCUACAUACUCAACCCUGACAAUGACCUCAUGUCAACACAGGAGUCCUUUGAAAACUUGUUUAAAGAGCCAUCUGGAUGGACAGGACUUAUAGGAGAGAAGCCUACCCCCAGUCAGUUCAAGUCAGCAUUGACUGAUCACGACCUCUUCAUCUACUGUGGGCACGGCAGCGGCUGUAAGUACUACUCCGGCAGUGACCUGCAGCAGCUGCGAUGUCGGGCGGUGGCGGUGUUGAUGGGAUGCAGCAGUGGAUAUCUUCAAACCCGUGGGAUCCUGGAGGCCACCGGCAUGAUCAACAACUACUUCCUGGCAGGAUGCCCUACCAUCAUAGCCAACUUGUGGGACGUGACAGACCGCGACAUUGACAGGUUCCUGGGAGGCAUGCUAACAUCUUGGAUGUCAGCAGAAGGGGAAGGCAGCCUACUGGAGGCUGUUCCUGCCGCAAGGGAUCAGUGUCGAUUGCCGUUCCUCAUUGGAGCAGCCCCAGUUGUCUAUGGCUUCCCUGUCAGCUUCAGAAGAUGAUCUGCUUCACACAGUCAUUACUUGACAGGAAAACUGGACACCAGCAGCUAAUAGGGACGGAAAUUCAUCUAGAAAGUACUAGUCUACAUAGCUGCCCUUACUAUCAGGCUAUGGCUGAUUAAAUACCUAAUUACUUUGACGUUACUGGUAGUAAUCAGUAGUCUCUGCACUGUCUUCCUUAUAGUCUCCACAUUGCUAUGGUAACAGGAGUGCCAGGAAUUGAGUCCUAGGAUGUUUGAGGUUUGUUAUACUGGUAUUGGAAUCGAGGGACCAAUUUUAUCUUUGUUUUGGAACAUAAAGGUUACAACAACAAAUGACCCCUGACUUUCAGGCAUAAGUUUUAAUAUUGCACUGUGUUCUUGCAGUUUGUGUUAGAGUAAUAUUUAAAAAACUGCAGUGCCUCAUCAGGACUCAUAUCUUAUGUAAAAAAUGUAUAAAAUUGUACGUAUUGUUGAAUUUGGAAAGUAAUGUAAAAGUUUAAGGUGGAAUAUAUUUUGCACAGAAA